AUGGAGCUCAAACUAGUCUACCGCGCCCUAAGAAAAGUAUCAGAUUGGACAGUCACAGGCUAUUACUCGGAUUGCGUCGUCGAAGGUGGCGAGAACGUCCCUGAAACAGGUCCUCUUAUCAUAGCCUCAACGCACCAUAACGAGCUCAUCGAUAUCGCUGCACUCACUGCGACAAUCCCCUACCGCCGCCAUGUCUCCUUCUGGGCCAAAUCAACCAUGUUCGCCAAUCCAAUCACACGCGCCAUCCUCGAAUCUUCCGGCGCCAUUCCCGUACGGCGGAACCCCAACAACGGCUCUGGCUCCUCCGCAAAGACGAACAACGGCGACCCCUCGCGAUCGACUUUAUUCCGAGAAUCCUCUGCUGCACUCGCUGCAGGCCAAGUUAUUGGUGUGUUCCCGGAGGGUACGAGUUAUACGUCGUAUCGUAUAUUGCAGGUGUUGCCUGGCGCUGCGUGGGCUGCUGUUGAGUUUCUUAGGUCCCAGCAGAGAGGGGUGAAGACGGGGUUGAAGCUUGUUCCGGUGGCGGUUGUUUAUACUGAUAAGGCGAGGUAUAGGAGUAGGAUAUUGGUAAAGUAUUGCCCGCCUAUUCAUGUCGAUGAUUAUGCGGAGGAGUUGUUUGAGGAAACGGCUGAUCCUGAUGCUGCUUCGCGCAGCGUCGUGAAGAAGAUCAUGGUUCAGGUGGAGAAGCAGAUGAUGGAGAACACGAUCAACGCGCCGGACUGGGACACCUUGUGCGCCGUGCGCUCAGCUCGACACUUCCUCUGGACCGACGAACGCAACAUCAAGCUCGCAGACUGGGUUGGCGUCUCCCAAAGACUAGUAACCAUAUUCGACAACACCCUAUCACCAACCACCCACCUAAAAUCAGCACUAACAAAAUACUUUGCCCUCCUCCAUUUCACAGGGAUCAAACACUCCAUCCUCGCCUCCCUCUCCCCUUCCUCUCCCACAUCCUCUUCUUCUCCGCCAUCACACCCCCUAGUCCAACCAACCAUCUCCCUACUAACCUCCCUGCCCGUCGCCCUCAUCCGCCUCGCCCUCUUCCUCCCGCCCCUCCUCUUCUUCACACCGGGAUACAUCCUCGGCCGUCUCUCCGCGCGUUGGCUCGCAUCAACCGAAGAAGAAGAGACGCAGGCGCAGUUUAAAGCUGUUGGUGGGGGGUUGGGAGUGAUGACGACUUUUGCGCUUGUCCUGGGACAACUGCAACGGAUAUUGACGUAUCAUAAACUCCUCAUGGCGUUUACGCUUCCACGAUUGAAGCUCGAUCCGGGGCAGAUGGAGGUGUACAUGAAGCCUCCACGACCACCUGCCAACCCUUUCGUCAAAGGACCUCCUCAAGGUGACACUGCUGUUGCUUUGGAGGUUGUCCCGAUACGAGCUCCAGGAACGUCGAGGGAAUUGGUACGACGGCUUUUGGACGCUCGAGAUGAGGCCCAGGAAGCGCUUUCGGGGUAUUUGAGGGAGGGGACCGGGGAGGCGGAGGGUGAGGCGUUGGUGGAGUUGUUGAAUGCUCGAAAGAACGAAGGAUUGACCGCCUCGCGCCAUCAGAAAGGAAAGACUCAGCAGAGUCUUUACGACACCGAUAUCUGCCCAACGAACCCUUCCCAUCCAUAA